UGUUGAGAAGGGUGCCAAGUGAUAAUUCAAGAAAAGGGUUUCUUCAUCUAUAACAUAUUAAUAUUACAACCCUUUUUGCCAUUCCAUUACCACCAUAUAUACUAUCACUUUGCUGCUUUUCAAAAACACACACGAAAUGGGGAACCAGAAAUUCUACAGCAAGAAGAAAGCCCCUUUAGUUUCUUGGCCAUGGGAGGAUUUAGCAAGCUUCAAGUAUGUACUGUACGGGCCAUUAGUUGCAAAAGUGGCGUAUGCAAUGAAAAGUGGAGAGCUUGCAAGCAGUACCAAUUCAUGGUGCCUUCAUAUUCUGAUCCUGUUUGGUUGCAGAGGCUUGCUUUAUCAGCUAUGGAGCACCUACGCCGCCAUGCUCUUCCUCCAUCGUCCCCGUCGCAUCGAUCAACGAGGCAUCGAGUUUACUCAGAUCGACGCCGAGUGGCAUUGGGACAACUUCUUAAUCCUCCAAGCCCUAAUCGCAACGUUCACUUGGUCGUAUAAAUCCCUCUCGUUGUCUGAAUCUGAUUUUCCCAUUUGGGACAUGACUGGUUUUCUUUUCUGCAUCGGCCUCCACGCCCUCGUCUCCGAGCCACUGUUUUAUUGGAUGCACAGGUUAUUACAUUCCCCUCGUUUGUUCGAACGUUACCAUUCCCUCCAUCACACCUCAAAAGUUCUGCAUCCCUUCACAGCUGGACACGCCACUCUUCUCGAACACCUCCUGCUCUGCAUCGUCACGGCCAUCCCGACUCUCGGCGUUGCCUGGUUAGGACAUGGCUCGAUAACUUUGAUGUACAUUUAUCCAUUGGUCUUCGAUUUCCUUCAGUGUUUAGGCCAUUCCAAUGUCGAGAUUUUCGAUGGAAGCCUCUUCGAAAGAUUCCCUGUCCUGAAAUGGUUUGUUCGGACACCUACAUACCACAGCCUUCAUCAUUCAGACAUGUCGACGAACUUCUGUCUCUUCUUCCCCCUCUACGACCGGAUAUGGAAUACAGAGAAUGUCGAUUCUUGGCAGCGACAAAAAGAGAUUAGUUCGAGGACAACCAGCAGGGUUCCGGAUUUCGUGUUUCUUGCACACGUCGUGGAUGUAAUGUCCGCGAUGCAUUCGCCGUUUGUGUUCAGGUCGUUUAACUCAAUCCCAUUCGGGAUAAAGCCAUUCUUGUUCCCUAUGUGGCCAUUUACGUAUUUAGUCAUGCUCGUCAUGUGGGCGAAAUCGAAGAUGUUCUUGUUCAGCUUCUACCAUCUCCGCGGACGGCUUCAUCAGACAUGGGUUGUCCCGAGAUACGGGUUUCAGUACUUCUUACCAUUCGCAACGGAAGGAAUAAACAAGCUAAUCGAGGACGCAAUCUUAACUGCCGACAAACUCGGAGUUAAGGUCAUCAGCCUUGCUGCUCUAAACAAGAAUGAAGGCUUAAACGGAGGCGGCACCCUGUUUACGAACAAGCAUCCCGACUUGAGAGUGAGAGUAGUUCACGGAAACACCUUGACGGCAGCCGUGAUCCUCCACGAGAUCCCUCAAGAUGUCGAUGAAGUUUUCCUAACCGGAGCUACUUCCAAGCUCGGUCGCGCCAUCGCCCUUUACCUCGCCCGAAAAAAAGUCAAAGUCUUGAUGCUUACGCUCUCGGCCGAGAGGUUCGCCAAGAUUCAAAAGGAGGCGCCGGUCGACUGCCAAAGCUACUUAGUCCGAGUCACAAAGUACCAAUCCGCACAGCGUUGCAAGACAUGGAUCAUUGGAAAGUGGGCGACGCCGCGAGAACAGUACUGGGCUCCGUCGGGGACUCAUUUCCACCAGUUUGUUGUCCCACCCAUCAUUCCAUUCCGAAGAGACUGCACUUAUGGAAACCUCGCCGCCAUGAGACUACCGAGCGACGUUGAGGGCCUCGGAUCUUGCGAGUACACUAUGGGAAGAGGGGUUGUUCAUGCUUGCCAUGCCGGGGGAGUCGUCCAUUUUCUUCAGGGAUGGACACACCAUGAGGUUGGGGCAAUUGAUGUCGACCAAAUCGAUGUUGUCUGGGAGGCUGCACUCAAACAUGGCCUCAAGCCAUUGUAGAUUUAUUCGAUCACUAAAGUUAUAUCUCGACAGACACAAAAAUAUAUAUUUGGUAGUCUAUAGUUUGGGGUGAAUUUAUUUUACAUUCUGUUUGUUUGAUUCCCAUGCAUGCGGUUUUCAAGCCUCCUGUAAUUCUUGAUUAUUCAAAUAAUUCGAGAGAAGCUCAUAUUGUCAUAGAUUUUUACCUUUUUAAGGGUUGUCUCCAA